AUGGCUAUCGACGAGAAUGUCGACCCUCGUGCUCGCGCUAUCGCCAUGGCAGGCGGUCGUCGGGCCGUGUCGAGUGGCUUCAUGACCAGCGAAAGGACUCCAGCCGGAGGCACACACAGCACGUGGAGAGAGCCUCGUACGCACGGACAAGUCAAGCCCAAGCCGGCCCCGCUACUACAGGGAGGAUACACCGCGGGCUUGUUUCCUUUGACGACAUCGUCCUUGCUCGUCGGCGACCGGCAGCCGACGAACGGCAAAGAGCAGCUACACCCAUCUCGGCCGGGCUUGGCGCAGUCAAGGUCAAGUUCGAAGGUCAGCACGAAAGAAGCCAGGAUAGAAGAUGCCCUCUCAGACAUGAACAUCGGCAAUGUAAAGCAGACCGACAGAGACGAAAGAGCCUUAGGUAAGGGACGACCCCCCUCGAUGCAGCCACUUGGCCCAAUAGACAAUGUCGUCGGCCAUUCACCCGUCCGACGCCUGGUCAGCAAAGGGCAGACUGCAUCUGGCGCUCGCGCGCAAGCCGAAGUGACACCUCCUCAGCGCAAGAGGAGCGCACGCGCUUCGCCUCAGCAGACACCCCAGGCUGCAAUACAUCAUCAGCCGGUCAACAAACCCGUCUCGAAGCUCACAGAGGCGCAUGGAUCCCCGCCUCGCAUCAUUAAGCGCAAAGACGGCGCGAUCCUCAAGCGUGGUCGAAUGCUUGGAGAGGGCGGCUUUGCUCGUGUCUACGAAGCCUUUCCUACUCUCGCCUCCUCACCCGUUGUCAAUCAUACGCCGGGAUCAGUUGAUCGAAUCAGGAUCGAUAAACAAGGCGAAGUCAAGGCGGUCAAGGUCGUUUGCAAGCAGCAACUCAAAUCCGCAAAGAACAAAGCAAAGCUCUUUACUGAGAUCAAGCUGCAUCAAUCGAUGGCGCACCCCAACAUCGUCCGCUUUGACGACUGCUACGAGGACUCGUCUUCGGUAUACAUGGAGCUCGAAUACUGCUCUUUAGGCAGCAUGAACGAGUUGCUCAAGCGACGUAAGCGAUAUCAGGAGCCCGAAGCACGGUACUAUCUCGUACAGCUCAUCGGCGCUUGCGAUUAUAUGCAUUCUCGCUCGGUCAUACAUCGUGAUCUUAAGCUCGGCAACAUCUUUCUCGACGGCAACAUGGAUCUUCGUGUCGGCGACUUUGGUCUCGCCGCCCUGGUCCGCUUUCCUGGUGAGCGUAAGACGACGAUGUGUGGCACGCCAAAUUACAUUGCGCCAGAAGUCCUCUACAAUUCAGGGAGCGGACACAGCUUCGAGGUGGAUGUCUGGUCGAUCGGGGUCAUACUCUAUACGCUCAUCAUCGGUCGUCCACCCUUCCAGACCAAAGAGGUAAAGGCAAUCUACGAUAAUAUCCUCAAGACGCGUUACGGCUAUCCGGAAAACGUUGCCAUCAGCGACGAAGCAGUCGAUCUCAUCAGCAGCAUACUUACAUCAGCAGACCAGCGUCCUACUCUCGCGGACAUCCUGGCACAUCCUUUCUUUACAUCCGGUCCUUUUCCACCCAGGAUACCCACGGGAGCCUACCAUGGCCUCGUCGACUACAGUGGCAUCACGCCAAGAGAAUCAGCAGAUAAUUUUGAAGCUCUGAAGCGGAUUUGCUCAGCUCAUACUUCGAUACCCAGCCAGAGGACGCAUUCUCGCAGCCCUGUGUCGGAGGGGAGGACGCCGCCAAAGGAGCCGAGGAUCGUUCCCGCGCCGGCUGUCGAGCAGCAGGCCCAAGCGAUGGAGCGCGAAGUCCAAAAGGCCCUCGCGCCAGACAGUCCCGUGUCUGACCUCAUCAAAUCUGCAAGAAAACCCCUUAUGGUAUCCUCGCAAGCCGCAGAAUUCGGCAGCAGCCGCGGUCAGCGCAACAGCAGACGCACUUCUGCUUCGCCUGGACAGUCAGCAGCAGCAUCGCCUACAGGCGGCAAAGGCGCUGCAGCGCAUGCAGAUGAGCCCGAGCGGGCUCAACGCGGUCUGUUGCGGCGCGCAGUCACCCAACCGAGCCCGUCAAAGCCGUCCGAAGUCUCGCCAGGCCAGCCGACUCUAGCCGGGUCACUUCGGACAGUGCCAACCUCUCUAGCCGGCUCGGUACACUCCGAGGCACCUUUGCCCGCGAAGGAGAAGAAGCCCGCCCCGACCGAAGCUCAGAAGGAAGCUGCUGAUCUCGACAGUCACGGUCCUACGCGUAUUGAGCAAGCUGGAUCAGGCCUGUAUGCAGCAUAUGCCUCCGCUCUCGGCGAUGCACUGGCGUGUGACAGCCCGGAAGCCAUCGAAGCUUUGCCAAUGCUAGGAGCAGCAGCACAGCAGCCGCGCGUCUUCAUCACGUCCUGGAUCGACUAUCGACACAAAUACGGCCUCGCAUAUCAGCUCUGCGAUGGCACGAACGCUGUCCAGUUCAACGACAACUCGAGCAUCGUGUUGUCACCUGAUCGCAGCCGCUUCGACUAUCUUUUCCAUCGUAAGGGAUCAAAUUAUGUCAGAUGCAACUACGACAAGGGAUCGCCACCAGCAGACCUCGCGCGCAGGGUCAGUCUGCUGGAUUAUUUCCAAAACUACAUGAACAAGGUGCUGGAGCGACACGAAGAAUACGCAUUCAAAGAUGGACGACAGAAGGACAUGCACUUUCUCGUCAAGUACUUCAGGCUAGAGCAAGCUGGCGUCUUUCGCCUCAGCAACGGUCUUGUGCAAUUCAACUUUGCAGAUCAUGUCAAGAUCUUGCUGUCUUCUGAUGCGCAGAUUGUGCAUGUCAUCGGCAAGGAUUACCAGCUGUCCUCCCAUACGCUGCGAAGCAUCAUGACGACUGCACACUCGUUCGGUCUGCUCGCGUCUAUCGCUUCGGCUUCUGGCAGCAUGCAAGAAGGUCGACAAGAGUGCAGUGACUUGCUGCAGAGACUGCAGACAUGCUGCGAGAUGCUGACGCUGAUCAGUCAGCGCAAGACCGCCCCGAGAGCUUGA